AGUCUUUCAACAAACCGCCGCAUGAUGGGGCGCCGUGCGCUCCAGCCACAUCCGAGGAUCCGUCAUGGCGCUUGUGUGAUGUGCUGGUUCCCGAGUGAUCCUAGCUCGCAAGUUUUAUUGAUCAUCCCUGAUUUUUGAUACGCUUUUCGUGCGUCCCGCAAUCUCAGAAUGGACAUCAGAAAGACUGCACAGUACGGGGGCAUGCAGCCGCACAACCGGCAGCAGAUGCGGCCUCCCCAGCAGAUGCCGUCGUACCCACCCAUGUACCCCGGGGCUGCGCCCGGCCCACAGCUGUUCGAGGACACCAGCUACAUGGGCGCCCACCAGCAGCAGCAGCAGCCGCCCCAGUACGCCAUGCCGCCAGGACAAGGGGCGUGGCCUGGCUAUGCUCCGCCUCCCAAUUCUGGCUUCCAGCCGCAGCAAAUACUCAGCGACCCCAUGGCCGCCAUGGCCAUGCAGUACGGCUCCGCCCUCGCAGGCCAGGGGAAAGACAUGAUGAACGAAAAGUUAGAGAAGUAUGUCUCAUGGUCCAAGCUGAAGUACUACUUUGCCGUGGACAACGCCUACGUCUGCAAGAAGCUGGCACUCCUCUUUUUUCCCUUCAGCCAUUCGGACUGGGCUGUUAAGUACGACCAAAAUGAACCCCUGCCCCCACGAUUCGACGUGAACGCCCCAGACCUCUACAUCCCCAGUAUGGCGUUCGUAACUUACGUGCUUAUUUCUGGCUACCUGUUGGGCCUGAAGGACAAGUUCACGCCGGAGCAGCUGGGAAUGCAGGCAAGUUCGGCCCUGAUGUGGCUGGUCCUGGAGGUGCUGGCCAUAUGGCUGGCCACCUACAUCCUCAACAUCAACAGCAGCCUCAGGGUGCUGGACAUCAUCGCCUUCAGCAGCUACAAGUUUGUCAGCAUGAUCUCGUCACUGGUGGCGAGCAUGAUCCUGUUUUCUGUUGGCUACAUGGGAGCCCUAGGGUACACGUGCCUAACGCUGGACGUAUUCCUGCUACGGACGUUGCGGAUCACGUUGCUGGCCGGGCCGUCAUCGGACCAGUACGGGCACCACUCUCGCCGGGGCCAGUACCUCCUGCUGGGCAUCUGUGCCUGGCAGCCGAUCAUGGCCUACUUCAUGACCAGACACCUGGUGCAGAUGGUGCCGGGGGACGCCGGCGCCGCACCCCUCUGAAACGUCGUUGCCAAACUGUUUCUCGCCGUUUGUGGUUGCCACGGGACUUCGACAACAGAGGUCACUCGCUGCCGUCAUGCUAAACUUGUGGCCGAUUCUGUGUUGAUUUACUUUUCGUUUUAGCCGACGUUCGCAAGAGGGAGAUUAAAACUGGAGUCUGCGUUGACGAGCGCUGGAAGCCUUGGA